UCGGUCAUGUGAUCAACUGUGUCCAAUCACAGCUGAUCACAUGUAAACACGGAAAUGAGACAUGUACACUGAUCAUCAGGGCACUGAUGAUCAGUGUGCCCUGAUGAUCAGUGUGGCCCCAGAAGUGCCACCUGUCAGUGCUCAUCAGUGCCACGUGCCAGUGCCCAUCAGUGCCACGUCCCAGUGCCUAUCAGCGCCACAUCAAUGCCACAUAUCAGUGCAUACCAGUGCACAUCAAUGCCACAUAUCAGUGCCCAUCUGAGCUGCCUUUCAAUGUCAUCCAUCAGUGCCAGUCAGUGCCACCUAUCAAUGCCAAUCAGUGCCACCUAUCAGUGC